AUAUAGAUAUAUAUUUGGUUUGUUUUUGAACAGCCAGUUUACAGAUACUGGGACCAGUCUGCCAGUGUGCCACACAGAAUGUAAUUAGUAGCUGUCUCUGUAGGAAAAAGUACUGUACGAAGGCAGGCAGUCACAUCACAUGCUGACUCCAUACAAUGCUUGUAGCGAGAUUUAAGAUAAGGAGCUAUUAUGCUACAUGUAGAGUGAAUAUUUUGUUAAGGUUUACAACUUAGGCAGUUUUACUGCAAAUCAAACAAAUGUUGUGGUUUGGAGAGAAGCCAGCAAGGGUAGAAGAAGCAUACAAAUUAAGGAGCACAAUAGAUGAGUAACUCCAGAGGUACUGAGAAGCAGAGUAAUGGCUUGAUCUGGUUUGGGGGUGUGCUGCAGCCAGAAGGGGUCCUGCUGCACAUGCUGUCCCUUGCGCUAUUCUGACAAGUGGGUAACCAUGGUCUGAGUCACAACCCUAGCCCAGCCCUAACACCAGCUGUCCUUGCUUCGCUGAGCUGAUUGCUCUUCCUCCUGGAACUUCCAGGAAGGUUUGGAAGGGUGGAGAGCACUGUCUCUAUCAGUUGUGUCAGCUGAUGCUGCUGGGCUGCCUGGCAAAAUGGCUGAGGCUUGAUGGAGUGUGUAACUACAGCAUGAGUCUUGACUGCUGCUCUAACCUAGUUGUUAAGUAACUGUAUAUAUGCAUAUACAUGUUAUGUUUUUAUGCUUUGCUUUUGUAACCCUAUUCCCAGUAUUGUUGUUGAAUAUUUUCAAACACACCGUUUGAAAAUAAAUCUGUGAGUGGCAUGACGUGCUGGGGAUCUGGGAGGCUCUGGGGAUGCCCCAAAUUAAAGGAGAGCUGGCAGAUGUCUUCAGGGGAGGGGGACUGGGAAUGUUUCAUACCUUGCUGUAGUGGUCAUUUUGGAGAUGUGCUAUAACAGUUGUCCUUGCUUGGAGCAGGCUGCUUAGCAGGUGUCAGUCACAGCGUGUCCUGUGGCUUAAAGCCAUGCUCACCACACCAUGUGGGAGCAAGGUGGGCAGACUGGGCAGUCAGCAGGCUCUGAGCUGUCUUGCUAUGAACAAAGUCAGAGAGGGAGUAAAGCCCCAAGGCUGGUUAGAGGUAGGGUAAGCCUUUGGCAGUGCUGGAGAAAGCCUGGAAGGCAGUAGAAAAGCACUGCUUUCUGCAGCAGCCACCUACGCCCCCCACACUCCUCUGUGUGGUGGAUGAACUGCAGCUUUGCUGCUGCAGCAGCUUCCAGAGCUUGGAGUUGCUAUAGCCCCCUGAGUGCAACCAGUUCAGCUGGGCUGGGACAGCAGGGUAAAGGCAGGAGAGUGGCUCAGGGGAGAGAGUGAGGAAGGCUGAUUUAGGUGCCCCUGCCUUGGCUGUCUGUUUUGGCAGCCAAAGGGCUUGCUUCUUUACCCACUCACCCAAGGUUGCACUGUGCCAUGUAUGUUUGCAUAUUUAUUAAUCACUGGCUUAACUGUUCUCGGAGUGACCCACAGUUUUGUUCCAUACAGGAGCCAUCCGGGAAGCAAUUCACACCCUUAGGUUCCCCCAAAAUACAGCAGCAGUUGGUACCAGCAAGGCUGAUUCACUGGCAGACAUCAUUCCUGUCCUAGCUAACAAGACAUGUAAAAAAAUGGAAGUAGUACCAACACAGUCUCCUUGCAGAGGUGCGGACCUUCUGCCUCAUUGCAGUCAUAUUAUUUCUGUCUACCUAAAGCAUGGCAGAUCUGUAUCUUGGCUCUGCUGUUCCAUGGCUACAGGCUUUUAGCAGAUGUGAGAGAGCACUUCUGGAAAACUACCUGAGCCCAGAGGCCAGGGAGGGUAUGGGAUGCAAGAGGGGAAUGUAUUACAAAAAAUAUUUGCUGGCUUACUGGGAAAAUGUGUUGGGUCUUCCAUAGACCUGGAAAGGGGAGGAAGCUGCAAAAAGACCCUCAGCUAGAUCCCAUAGCAAGGCAGGGUGCAGUUGUAACAUCUGUCUCCCAGAAGGCAGUCAUUAAACCUCUCAGCCAUUAGUCGUAAGACAGAUGUAAGACACAUGCUCAGCCUUUUGAGGUGGUUAAUAAAUAGAACAAGGUUUGCUGUAUCCAGUGCUAUUACUGAGUUGCAGGAAAUGGGGAAACUAAAAAUGAGUAGUGGAGAAUCACAGAACAGUGGACUGGUGUGUGCCUUGUAUCACGUAGCAUUUCAUCUUAUAAAUAUGAUCAGGUUCGGUGAGGAGCUUGGAUCAGAAAGGAUGGGAACCAUAAAGAGCCUGCAGCAGGUUGCAUCUGAGUGACGUUCCCUUGGUAGACAUUCUCUUGAACAUGAAGGAAAGAGGUACAGCUAGGAUGAUGGGGAAUAGAAUUUCCUUAGGGAAGCUAAUUACAAGGCCUCGCACAGAGCAAAGACCAAAAAAAUCUUUCAGGUGGAUGAAGAGACGAACAUACCCUCUGAACCCAAAAGGGAUGGAAAUCUAUCACCUUCUCUGAUGGGAAAACAAGGCAGCCUGCCAAGGAAAGGAGAGUGUUUUCCAAGUCUGUUUCCCCUCAGAUUACAUAGGAGCAGGUGGUCUGUACGGUUGGUAGCUGCUUCCUUAUUGUUCUUUAUAGGUCAUGGUUUCAUGAGCUUUUCCUCCUUCAGCUUCCUGUGUUCUCUGUUGCAGGUGUCUGUUGAGCUCUAAUACCAGCCCUGAGCCUUCAGUGCCUUGGCAGGCAGUCUGCAUGCUGGGGACAGAGUUCCAGUACUGUUUGAUGCUCUUUGGAACAGUGCCACUGGAGAAGCAGAUCCAUUACAACCUGUGGUGUGCAAAGUCUGGCUUUGGAGCUGGGGUAUACAGUGCAGACAACGUGUCAGUGAUUGGAGUAGUCUUCCUGCAUGUGGCAGCAGGACUCCACAGAUGCUAGACAGUGCUUCUUAGCUACAUCUUCCUUGCUACCUUCCACAGCAGUGGUGGGGCUGAGCUGCUGUGCGGUUUUAUCCUCAAGCAGUACAACAGCAACACCCAGGUGUCAGCAUCCCCACAUGUCAGACGCCACUGCCCUAACAAAGGCACUGCUGCCAUGGGUGACAGUUGAUGUCAUCUCAAUGGAGCCCGUGUUCCUGCAUCCAGCCACUCAUGUUGGAGUUCGUGUACUUCUGUGAUCCUCGCUACUUCUCACCUUUGGCCACAUCAUGCUUCAGGCUCUGGAACCUUUCAGAUCCCAGCCCUGAUGUCGAGACCCUGUGCACACCUGUGGCAGCACUGCUGACUGCCAUCAAGACAAGGAGGAUAUUUUUCUGCAACAGUUUCCUUUCCUGUAAACCAGGCCUUUGUGGUACCCGAGGAAAGCAGUGGUCAGACAGAAUGGCUCCAGUGAACCAGCCCAAGGACAAGAAGCAUGAGAAGACAUAUUGGUCAGAAGAGGCAAAAUCAGCUGAGAAAAGGAAACUGGACUACGAAGGACUGGAGAAUGUACCACUAGCAAAGAAAUUGUUUUUGAGGAAAACAUCCAAAGCCCAAGAGAGAAUUGGUUGGAAUAGAGGUGAGACUGUGAUGAAAAAUACCAGAGCCUUUUUCCAUCAGCCAAAAUGGCAGUGCAGCAUUGUUCAUUACGUCUACCAGAACAUGCUGGGAGGCUCCAUCCGGGCACAGCUCAGGCAGUGUCUACAGCUGCCCUUUCUGCGUUCUCUGACCUCAUACCGCCUGUUUCGAACAGCGAGUCCCUUUGACAGGAGAGUGACUUGCCUGGAGUGGCAUCCAACACACCCCAGUACUGUAGCUGUUGGUUCCAAAGGUGGAGACAUCAUUCUUUGGGACUAUGAAGUACUUACUAAAACCUGUUUCAUAAAAGGGAUGGGAGCUGGAGGGGCCAUCACAGGAAUGAAGUUUAACCCUUUUAACCCUAGUCAGCUGUACACUUCAUCAGUUGCCGGCAGUACCAUCCUGCAGGAUUUUAAUGGCAAUACUUCCCGGGUCUUCACCAUCACCGAGAACUGGGAUUGCUGGUACUGCAGUGUUGAUGUUUCUGCAAGCUGCCGUACUGUGGUGACAGGUGAUAACUUGGGCAAUGUGGUCCUGCUCAGCACUUCUGGUGAAGAGAUUUGGAGGCUGAAACUGCACAAGAAGAAAGUGACUCAUGUGGAGUUUAACUCUCGAUGUGAGUGGUUAUUGGCCACAGCAUCUGUGGAUCAGACAGUUAAAAUCUGGGACCUCAGAAACAUUAAAGACAAAGCAAAUUUUCUUCACGUACUUCCUCAUGACAAACCUGUCAAUGCAGCUUACUUCAGCCCAACAGAUGGUGCCAAGCUGCUGAGCACAGACCAGCGCAAUGAAAUCAGGGUUUACUCAUGUUCAGACUGGACCAAGCCUCAGCAUCUGAUCCCACACCCACAUCGGCAAUUCCAGCACCUCACACCUAUUAAGGCAACAUGGCAUCCUCGCUAUGAUCUCAUUGUAGUGGGUCGCUAUCCGGACCCGAAGUUCCCAGGCUACACAGUGAAUGAGCUGAGAACUGUUGAUAUAUUUGAUGGAAACACCGGGGAGAUGGUUUGUCAGCUCUAUGAUCCGAAUGCAUCUGGUAUAAUCUCGCUGAAUAAAUUUAACCCUAUGGGAGACACACUAGCCUCUGGCAUGGGCUUUAAUAUUCUGAUCUGGAGCCGGGAGGAGAUGGUGAUGAAGAAGCAAGAACAUCUUUUGAAAGCCAUGACUGAGCAGGGGAUCGGGAGCCGGAGUUUGUCCAGACGUGGAGGGCAGAGACAGGCAAACCCUGGGACAAGCAAACUCAAAGCUAAGUUAUUGUCUUGGGAAGUGGAAGAGAUGGGAACAAAACCCAAAGAUUCUAAAUCACGGGGAAGGAAGUGAAAAGGGAUCUAUAUAAGUGAUAGAGUAUUUUGAUCCUUUUUUGAUCAUAGAAGACAAAUUCAGUGAUGGCAGUGGGCAGAAUAGGCACUGCAGGGCAUUAGCCUUCUACUUUGUCCUUCCUCCCUAGAUCUGAUCUUGCUUCUGUGAUUCCCUGCUUCUCCUUCUAGAGAGUUGCCAGUGGAGUUGCCACUUAAUUUCUGAGGCACUUCAGAGUUUCUAAGGAAAAUUCAGAGAUGUUUUCAGAUCCUGCUGAAGUUACUGCUUCCAGCCUGCUUGUUAUCUUUAACAGUGUGAUAACAGGAUAUUAUCUCCUGUAGUCUGCUGUGGAGCAGCUUGUGAUGAGGUCUCCAGACUGUUCUAGUCAAAUUGAGCUGAGGAAACCUUUGUUAGUAAGAUUCAUGUCUUGAAAGGUAGAAUGUUCACAAGGGUGAGGUGAUGGAUAGCUUGAGUGAGUUAAGGAAACACCAGCCUUUCCCAUCUGCAAGCUUCUUGCAGCAUGUGCUGUCAAAAACCUCAGGCUAAGUCUAUUCUGCACCUGCAGCUAUUUAGACCAUGAAGAACAUUAUGAUGCCAUACCUCUUUAUCUGCCUUGUGGGAUGCAUAGGCAAUAUAGAGCUAAGAACCUACUGAUUCUUUGUCUUCAGAACUCUAGGCAAUUUUUUUGCUAUCAGUUAAGUAUUUUUUUUUUUCACCCAUGCCAGCGUGCCUCAGAAUGUUGGGUAGGUUGUUAAGCAGAAACGAGGGAUUUCUUUCAGAUGCCCCUUUUCAGAGUCAGACCUCACAACUGCUGUUAAACUGAAAAAAUCUGCUUUUUCUGGUUUGUUUAUAAAGCUUUCUGGGAGCCUUGCUCCAGAGGUUGAUGAGCAGGCUUUAGACCUGCUGAGAUUCCCUGUGUUCACUUAAUAGUUUUACAGUUUGAUAUAAAUAAAAGUUUUGUACUGAACUGAAGUACUUCUCUGAUAUAAAAUGGGUGCUCUGAGUAUUCUGCUGAGCUGUUUUUAUCUGGGAGGUUAGAAGGUAUUAAUCUUUCUGCUGGAGAACUAUGAGAACUAGAACUGAUUUUUCUGUCUGUCAUAAUGCCGUAUCUGCAACAGACCCUUCCCAGUUGGACAGGCUGCAUUAUAAGCUGUACAUAUGCAUGGUUGCUACCAGCCAAACAACUCUGUUUCAAUUCUCACUUCGCUCUAGUAAACAAGGAAUUUACCUUGGAAGGGGAUAUAGUAAGUUAUCCCUGUUUUCCAACGGUGAGCUGGGUUUAACCCUGUGAAAUCUUAAAGAGGAAGAAUAAAGUUCAGUGUGAAUUUGAUUUUAAUGAUGAAAAGGAAAUGUACUGAAACAAUUACAGAAAGUCAUUCACAGUCAGAAUGUCAUUAUCAUCAUGGAAACCUUUUUUCUGCAUGUGCAAAAUUUGCUGUCUUUAAAAAUAACAGGUCUGGUCCCUUAAAUGCACUUUCUAUUACCUCUUUUUUUUUUUUUUUGUGCCUGUUCACACAGGCUUUUGCUUUAUGACUGCCUCACUGUGCAGCAAACCUAGAUUACAUCUUCAGAGGACAAAAAGGUGAGGAAGAUGCUGAGAACAGCAAGCUGCUACUGCUGAUUCAGAGUUCCCAUGCUGGCAGAUGUCAAUUAUGGUGUGGGGAAAAGUCCCAAGGAAAUGUCGUUAGCCUAAGCACUCGCUUCUGCCGCCAAGAAGGAAAGGGAACUGCAGCAGAAAAGGAACUAAAACUGGGAAGUGAAUGUGCAGCAUCACCAUGUGAAGAGCCUGUGCUGGUGCCUGCCACAGUCUCUCAUCUUCUGCCAGAAGCUGUGAGGCAGGUGGUGAGCACUUGGCAGUUGCAGUGUGCAGAGAGGCCCACAGCUUCCAUCCAGCUUGCCUGGAGAAAUGAUCACACUUCAGACAGAAAGCCAAAGCAUGGCAGAUGAAGGGAUCCACAGUUACCUGCAAAGUCUGA